AUGGACUGCUGCACAGAGAGCGCCUGCUCUAAACCGGAGGACAUUCUAGACAUCCCGUUGGACGAUCCCGGUGCCAAUGCAGCUGCUGCCAAAAUCCAGGCGAGUUUCCGGGGCCACAUGGCGCGGAAGAAGAUAAAGAGUGGAGAGCGCGGCCUCAAAGGUCCCGGUCCAGGGGUGCCAGGCGGAGCUGGGGGCGCCCGGGGAGGCGCGGGCGGCGGCCCCAGCGGAGACUAG